AACUGCGGAGCUAACCCUGAGCUAACAGAUGCUAACAGACGCUAACAGACGCUAACAGACACGUCUUCAACACACCGACACAUGUUCCUGCGGCUCCUGGGGAAAUGCCCGCUCCUAACGCGGAUCUAACACGGAUCUAACACGCUUCAUCCCGCUCCAAGCAUCAUCCCUCCAUCACCCAGGAGGCCCUACCACCGCCACUACCACCACAACCAACCCAACGCCGCUGCAGCUCUACCCCAGCCGAGGCCUCUCUCUCUGGGCUUCCUCCGUCUCCACCUCCCCCUCCUCCUUCUCCUCCUCUCCUCCUCCUCCUCCUCCUCUCCCUUCCUCCGGCCCUUGUCUAUCUAUCACCAAUCAACGUAGCGAGAUGCUAACCCAACAAGAAGCGUUAGCGUUUGCAAUGGACUAAUUUUUUUUUUUUUUUCCAAGAUUUUUUUUUUGUGGAAUUACAAAGAAGGAACCUCCCGAUCUUUGAUGUUUUGUUGCUUGGAUGCCCCCCGCGGUGUAGCUGUCAGUCUCUCCUCUCUUCUCUCCUCCAUCCUCUCCUUGCUUCCUUUCCUUGCUUGCGUGAGGCCUAGACAUGUUUGGGACCGAAUCAUCAUUGAGCAUGUUUCUGAACACACUCACCCCUAAGUUCUACGUGGCCCUGACUGGAACCUCCUCCCUCAUCUCCGGACUCAUCCUGAUCUUUGAGUGGUGGUACUUCAGGAAGUAUGGCACGUCCUUCAUCGAGCAGGUGUCCGUGAGCCACCUGCGCCCUCUGCUGGGAGGAGUAGACACUGCAGCUCCCAAUAACAACAACAGCAGCACUAACAGUAAUGGAGAGACAGACUCCAGUCGACAAAGUGUAUCAGAAUGUAAAGUUUGGAGAAAUCCAUUAAAUUUAUUCAGAGGAGCAGAAUAUAAUCGUUACACGUGGGUCACAGGUCGAGAGCCGCUCACAUAUUACGACAUGAAUCUUUCGGCCCAGGAUCAUCAAACAUUCUUCACCUGCGACUCAGACCACCUCCGACCAGCAGACGCAAUUAUGCAGAAGGCGUGGAGAGAGAGGAAUCCUCAGGCCAGAAUCUCAGCCGCUCAUGAAGCUCUGGAGUUGGAGGAUUGUGCGACAGCGUACAUCUUGUUGGCAGAGGAGGAGGCCACGACCAUCAUGGAGGCAGAGCGGCUCUUUAAACAGGCUCUAAAAGCAGGAGAGCUCUGCUACAGGAGGAGCCAGACGCUACAACACCACGGGACACAGUAUGAGGCCCAACACAGAAGAGACACUAAUGUGCUUGUUUACAUAAAGCGGCGUUUGGCAAUGUGUUCGAGAAAACUCGGAAGAACCAGAGAAGCUGUCAAAAUGAUGAGAGAUUUAAUGAAAGAGUUUCCGCUCCUCAGUAUGUUUAAUAUCCACGAGAAUCUAUUGGAAUCUCUGCUGGAGCUGCAAAACUAUGCAGACGUGCAGGCUGUACUCGCAAAAUACGAUGAUAUAAGUUUACCAAAAUCAGCCACAAUCUGCUACACAGCUGCUCUGCUCAAGGCACGGGCGGUUUCAGACAAGUUUUCUCCAGAGGCUGCAUCCAGACGAGGGCUGAGUACAGCAGAAAUGAAUGCAGUAGAAGCAAUUCACAGAGCGGUGGAGUUUAACCCACACGUUCCAAAAUACUUGUUGGAGAUGAAGAGUCUGAUUCUUCCUCCGGAGCACAUCCUGAAGCGUGGGGACAGUGAGGCCAUCGCGUACGCCUUCUUCCACCUGCAGCACUGGAAGAGAGUCGAGGGGGCGCUCAACCUGCUCCACUGCACCUGGGAAGGAACUUUCAGGAUGAUCCCAUAUCCUCUGGAGAAGGGACACUUGUUUUACCCUUACCCCAUCUGCACCGAGACAGCUGACCGCGAGCUGCUACCCACAGUGUUCCAUGAGGUUUCAGUUUACCCCAAAAAGGAGCUGCCGUUCUUCAUCCUCUUCACGGCUGGACUCUGCUCCUUCACGGCCAUGUUGGCUCUGCUCACGCACCAGUUUCCAGAGCUCAUGGGGGUCUUUGCAAAGGCUUUCUUGAGCACGCUGUUCGCUCCUCUCAACUUCAUCAUGGAAAAAGUGGAGAGCAUUCUACCCUCCAGUCUGUGGCACCAGCUCACACGCAUCUGAGACCCCAAAACCAGGACUAAACCAGAAUUAAACCAGGAUUUACUUAAGAACCCCACCUAGAACUGGGUUGGGAUUGUCUACAGACCAGCUCACACAUACCCGGGUCCACUAAACCAGAACUAAAGCAGGAUUUGAUCAUAAAACUGGACCAGAAUCACACAGAUACUACCAGGAAUGUAAUUUGGAAGACUAUUUUCCAAACCAGUCUAAAAACCAGGAACUAAACAGACUUUCUUCAAAAUCCAACCAAUAAUCAUGUUACGGAAAUCUGAGCCCAAAACCAUGGACUGAACGAGGACUAGUCAAGAACCAAACUAAGAGCCAAACCAGAACUCAAGCAGGACUACAGUCUCCAGGACCAGAUUACUCCAUAUAGGUCCCAAAGUGAGGAACUAAACCAGGACUUUCUCAAGAUCCCACCCAGAACCCAAUAGUCCGGAUUUGACCAGGACUAACCGCUUCAAACCGGUGCCAAUGACAGUACGACUACAGAUUCAGGUGGAUUUUCAGAGGAGGAUGAAUUUGAGGGACAUUUGCUGCUGGAGUUUGUACAAAAACGGUGAAAACGUCAAAAACACAAUAAAGGACUUUUGUGUAUCGCUGCAUUUA